AUGAGUCAUCCUCCUGCCCAUCCAUCAGCACUCCCAGAAGAUGUUAUCAAGCUGGCCAAGGACAUCAAGCCCGUCACUGAGAUCCAGCAGAACGGCAAUGACUUUGUCAUCACCUCCAAAACUCCCGGCAAGUCUAUCACCAAUUCCUUCACCAUCGGCAAAGAGGCCGACAUCACCACCAUGGACGGCAAGAAGCUCAAGGUAGGCAAUCUCAAUGUACCGGUUUGUGGUGAAUCUAUACUUAUUUAAGUAUUGACUGACAUAUUGUUAAAUCAACAGGUUUCAUCUUUGAAUUGAAGAACCAAAAACUAUAAGUGGCGAGCUCAGCAUCACCAUGAACCUCUUAACAUUAUCCAAGCUAGUCCAGUAAUGCUUGGCAGUUUAAAAGUUCUGUAUUACGGAUGUCUGACAUGAAAUAAUGGGGGGGGGGGGGGGGGGGGGACAGUCUUGUAUCUGCAGUUAGUAUAUGUCUUGUUUAGUCUUCCAAGUUUCUUAGCUCAUCUGUCCUCACUCGUUAUUGCUACACAUUACUGAUCACCGCUCUCUUCUCUGGCCCCUACAGUGCACUGUCAGACUGGAGGGAGGAAAGCUGAUAUGCAACACAGAUAAGUUCUCCAGCGUCCAGGAGCUCAAGGGAGGAGAGAUGGUUGAGGUAAUUUGACCUACUGUUGGUAAUAAUGAAAAAUAACACAUCUGUCAAUACAGUGUGUCAAAUAUAAGCAUAUACAGUUGUGAAAUAUGGGGCACAGGUCAAACAAGCUGGCUAUUUCUACCUUGUGGUUUUAUUUGUAGAAUAGUGACCUGACCACAGUAACAAAACACUUUUCACUACCUCCCCCAUUUCAGACACUGACAGUGGGCUCUACGUCACUCAUCAGGAGGAGCAAAAAGAUGUGAACCUGGAAUGGUUGCAGGCAGGGGAGUGUCCUUGGCUAUUAAAAAAAACUUGUUGCUUGACAUAAAACGUGUGGUUUAUUAUAUGUGCUGUGAACAUGCUGCUGUGCAUCAUCUAAUAAACAGUGAACAUUGAUUGAAUAAUAGAAAAGUAUUCAAUAUACAGUUGAAGUCAGAAGUUU